AUGUCUCUCCGCAUCGCACCCCCAAGCGGUAACCCCAAUGAAACCACCAACCUCACAACCCGGCAACAAGCCAGCGUAACCGCACCCCGUCCCUCAAAGGGCGCCCCCUCAGCCCCCGGUCUCCCCGACACCCUUCGCAACAAGCUCACCCUCCCCGCAACCGCCCACGCAUCCUCCACGAACAACAGCGGAGAAGUCCCAUCAUCCACACACCCUCUCGAAGCCCGCCUGAUGGCAUGGCGCGCAACCCAAGAUGCAAUGAAGAUGGAGGGUCUUCGUCGGGCAUACGGUAUUGCCGAGCCUGUUCGUCGUGGUAUGGAGCUGAAGAUUGUGCGGGACGGCACUUUCCGACCUGCCGUGCUCGGCGGUAUGCGGGGUGGCAAUGUUCAUGAGGAUAUUCUGACGAUUGGAGGUCGGGAUGCGGAGGUUCAGUGGGAGGAUAUCUACACUGGCGACGACCUCCGCGAGCCGCCUACUUUCCAUGAUGAGAUGGAGAAGAGGCUCAAGAUGGACUUCUAG